CAACGCAGUAAUGAAGUCGAGUGCUUCAAUUGGGCCGUUUCUGGGCCCAAUGACCUUGUGGCAGAGGAUCUUGAAUCUGUCAUACGACUCCAUACCCGAAUUUCCAUUGUAGGUUGUCUGAGGAAAAAUUGUUUUUCUUCAAUAUAAACAAGACCGAUCUGGCUCACGAGGUACGUAGAGUCGAACAUUCGUCAAUACGUUGUGGCUUUCUCCUGAUUAACACCAGCCCGACUUAUAUCACUAAAUUUACUGCAACCAUGUCGCCUCAUAAAUUGGAAGAUGUCGGAUGUGAAGAUACUGGAGCCAAGCAAUUCAAGCAGGCAUCAAUUCCAAGCCCCGGAGCCCCUGGUGUCCCCUUCUAUACACCAGUACAAAGCUACCCAUCCGGGUCUGCCACCAACCCACAGCCUGAUGGACGGCCCAUCCCCAAGGUCUUCCAACCACUGAAGAUUCGUGGUCUCACUCUGCACAACCGAAUCAUGCUCUCUCCACUUUGCCAGUACUCGGCAGAGAAUGGCCAUCAUACCAUGUGGCAUUGGACUCACCUAGGCGGCAUCGUCUCCCGAGGUCCUGGACUUGCUAUGAUAGAGUCCACUGCAGUCUUGCCCGAGGGCCGUGUCACACCUCAGUGCUCCGGCAUAUGGCAGGACAGCCAGAUCGAGCCGUUGAAGCGUAUCACGGAAUUUGCGCAUUCCCAGGGCCAGAAGAUGGGCAUCCAGAUCGGUCAUGGCGGUCGAAAAGCCAGCACUGUUGCUCCUUGGUUGAGCAAAGGUGCCAUAGCGACGGAGGAAGUCGGCGGAUGGCCAGACAGCGUCAUGGCUCCGUCAGCUAUCCCCUACGCCAAAGGCUACGUUGUACCGAAAUCCAUGAGUCUCGAGGACAUCGAAGAAUACAAGGCUGCGUAUGCCGCUGCUGUGAAGCGAGCCAUAGCGGCCGGAUUCGACGUUGUUGAGAUCCACAGUGGUCACGGUCGUUUGUUGCAUCAGUUUUUGUCGCCCGCCAGCAACGUACGAACGGACCAGUACGGUGGUAGUUUUGAGAACCGGGUGCGUUUGACGCUGGAAGUUGUCGAAUUGGUCCGGUCCAUCAUUCCAGAGUCUAUGCCACUGUUCAUACGGAUCAGUGCCACGGAUUGGCUGGAGAACACUGACUAUGCCGGACCCAGCUGGACAGUCGCAGACUCUGUCCGACUUGCGCCUCUCCUUGCUGAUCGUGGUGUCGACCUCAUUGAUGUCAGUUCAGGAGGACUACAUCCUGAACAGAAGAUUGCCAAUGUACCGAAUUACCAGGCUCCGUUCGCAAGGGAAAUCAAGAAGGCAGUUGGUGAUCGAGCAUUGGUGUCGACAGUUGGCCGGAUCGUGUCAGGAAAGCAGGCGAAUGAUCUUCUUACCGGAGAGGGUGGUGAGGAGCCACUGGACUUGACAGCCGUGGGUAGGAUGUUCCAGAAAGAGCCUGGUCUGGUCUGGACCUGGGCACAAGAGUUGGAUGUGCAGAUUCAUGUUGCUAACCAAAUCCGGUGGGGCUUUUCGAGGGACAAGUCUGUUGCGCAGGAGUAGGUAGAUCUAUACGGUCUGGCUUUGGGUGUACAGGGUUUCAUCGGAAAAUUACCAUGUAUACAAACUAUUGUUCUAUAUCUACACAGCUAAUCUUAGCGGAAGUCUCAGUAAAUCAGCUUAAGAUCUCGACAUGA